AUGGGGAUCAAGCCUCAGUCAGGAUGGCUAACUGGCUGGCUUCCUACAUGGUGCCCUACAUCUACAUCACACCUUAAAGAAGCUGAAGAGAAAAUUUUAAAAUGUGUCCCCUGCACAUACAAAAAAGAACCUGUUCGCAUAUCUAAUGGAAAUAAAAUAUGGACACUGAAGUUUUCUCAUAAUAUUGCAAAUAAGACUCCACUUGUCCUCCUCCAUGGUUUUGGAGGAGGUCUUGGACUCUGGGCACUGAAUUUUGGAGAUCUUUGCACCAAUAGGCCUGUCUAUGCUUUUGACUUACUGGGCUUUGGACGAAGUAGUAGACCCAAGUUUGACAGUGAUGCAGAAGAAGUGGAGAAUCAGUUUGUGGAAUCCAUUGAAGAGUGGAGAUGUGCCCUAGGUUUGGACAAAGUAAUCUUGCUUGGGCACAACUUGGGUGGGUUCUUGGCUGCUGCUUACUCACUGAAGUACCCAUCAAGGGUUAAUCAUCUCAUUUUAGUGGAGCCUUGGGGUUUUCCUGAGAGACCUGACCUUGCUGAUCAAGACAGACCAAUUCCAGUUUGGAUCAGAGUCUUGGGAGCAGCAUUGAGUCCCUUUAACCCUUUAGCUGGCCUUAGGCUUGCAGGACCUUUUGGUUUAAGUCUAGUGCAGCGUUUAAGGCCUGAUUUCAAAAGGAAGUAUUCUUCAAUGUUUGAAGAUGAUACUGUGACAGAAUACAUCUACCACUGUAAUGUACAGACUCCAAGUGGUGAGACAGCUUUCAAGAAUAUGACUAUUCCUUAUGGAUGGGCAAAAAGGCCAAUGCUCCAGCGAAUUGGUAAAAUGCACCUGGACAUUCCAGUUUCAGUGAUCUUCGGCGCCCGCUCCUGUAUAGAUGGCAAUUCUGGCACAAGCAUCCAGUCACUACGACCACAUUCAUAUGUGAAGACGAUAGCUAUUCUUGGGGCAGGGCAUUAUGUAUAUGCAGAUCAACCAGAAGAGUUCAAUCAGAAGGUGAAGGAGAUCUGUGACACUGUGGACUGAACACACUGAAGCCAUUGGGGAAAAACCUGGUGAUUGAUACAGUUAUGCAGCAAUAAUUCAUAGUCUACAAUGAAGAGUAAGGAAUCAAAUACAAGAACUAGGCAGUCUACUUGACUGUACUUUGCACAUAUUUUCUUUAUGAAGUUGCUUGCACAUUUAAACCAGUUAGUGCCUUCUAGAAGAACGGCUUUCCUUUCUCCUACACAAAAUUGAAAUACAUGAGAGUCUCCAAAUUUGAUAGCUUUAAAUAAAAGGUUAUCUGUCCCUCUGAUGUACUGAAAAAUUGUUAUUUUUCAACUGAAUUUUUUUUUUACUUUAAUCUAACUUUGCUAGUUGGGUACUUUUUAUAUUACAGUCUAUAUUGCCAAUUUAAGGAAGUGAUUUCUGGGUCUAUUAUGUUAUAUACUGUAAAGGUGCACUUUAUUUUCUUUAUUUUCUACAUGUAUUUACCAUUUCUAAUAACUGAUAUAGUUAAUACAAAUUCAGUGUAGUUUUAUGUAAAAGUUUGUCAGUUUAGAAUACUUCAUUUUUGAAAUGGAGUGACAAGGCAGGUUUUUAGUUAAAAGGAUGAGAAUUGAUCACUAGCCAUUAAUUUUUCUGGUUUUCUGUUUUAUAUUUAAAGCUGCAAAUCCAUGUUCAACAUUUUAAAUGCGAUUGAUCCUGACAUAAUCUACAACAACAUGACUCCUUGGAACCUUCUGUAUAUAAUUCUACACUUCCAAGGAAAUAUGAUAUUAAUACUUAAGUGAUUCAAGUACUGAAAGGCCUUAACUAAAAAUCUAUCCUUAUUUUCUGCCCAUUAAUGCUGUUCUUUUUCAUGAAUCCAAAUGCAGCAAACAAUAGAUUUCCUUACUUAAGGGGAUAUUAAGACUGUUACCUUCCAGUAAGCCAAGUCAUAUCAUAUUUUCAUUAACAUCUAACUCUUAAAGAUGGGUGCUUAAACUGGAUUACAUUUCUACCACUAAAAUAUAAAAAUGGGUGGUGCUAUUAUGUCUCAUGGCACCAGAAAUGAGCUAGAACUUGGGUUUGUUUUUUAUUAAGAGUAUCGUGUUGAUCAAAUCGUUACAUACUUGAAGAUAUAUUACAAAAAUUCUAUAAGAUUGAUUGAACUGUUUGAUAAUAACUAACAUCAAGUAUAGCACUUUCUUGUGUUUUUAAAAUGAGGAAAACUUUGAAGCUGUAAAAAAGCUCCAUGUGGUAACUGGCUGCUGAGAAAGCCCUCCACAAAAGAUAAUUGAAUAUGAUUGUCACCAAGGCACCUUUGCCUUAUGUUUUGAUAACAUUGCUUAUCUAGGAGAAAAGUGGUUAUGUAAAUAAAAGCAGUGAACUAGUGCAAAUAA